AUGGAAGACGGCAAAGGAAGAGUAUGUGUUACAGGUGGCAAUGGCUUCAUUGGUUCUUGGAUCAUCAAGAGGCUUCUUGAGGAUGGGUACUCUGUUAAUGCCACCGUUAGAUCUCACCCCGAUUUGAGCUUCCUCACGAAUCUACCGGAGGCAUCUAAAAAGCUUCAAAUAUUCAAGAAUGCGGACCUAAACAAACCAGAAAGUUUCAAAGAAGCCAUUGAAGGGUGCAUGGGAGUGGUCCAUGUGGCUACCCCACUGGAUCUUGAUGACCCAGAGGAGGCAUUGACCAAAAGAUCCAUUGAUGGAGCACUAGGGAUUUUAAAGGCAUGCGUGGCUUCAAAAACUGUGAAGAGAGUUGUUUACACAUCCAGUGGCGUUACUGUUUCAUUCGAUGGCAAAGAAGAUAAGAAUAACAAUGAAAUGAAGGAUGAGAGGUGUUGGAGUGACAUAGAUUAUCUCAGAAGCUUGAAGACAACGUUGGGAUGGUGGUCUUAUGCUGUUUGUAAGACAUUGACAGAGAAAGCAAUGCUUGAAUUUGGAGAAGAGCAUGGAUUAGAUGUUGUGACUUUGCUUCCUACGCAUGUUCUUGGACCUUUCAUUUGUCCUAAGCUUCAUGGCUCUCAUCGUACCACGCUCGAUUUGGCAUUUGGUGGAGGAGACCCGGGGGCAUAUCUACAAACACCUGGAGUACAUGUGGAUGACGUGGCAAAGGCACACAUAUUUCUGCUGGAACAUCCCAAUCCAAAAGGAAGGUAUAUUUGUUCAGCAUGUGUCAUAACUAAUGAAGACGUAUAUGAAAUUCUGUCCGUAAAAUAUCCAGAAUUUCAAAUACCACCCAGACAUUAUUUGAAGGAAAUGAAAGGUCCAAAAUUUUCAGCUCCAUCAUCACAGAAACUCAUAGACGCUGGAUUUGAGUUCAAGUAUGGGGUGGAGGAAAUAAUUGUGGAUUCAAUUGAAAGCUGCAAAGAAAAGGGUUAUUUGUAA